AUGGACAACGAAAAGGCAGAAACUUUGAACGAAGACGCGGCCGCCAGGGCAGAGGCAGAGAAGGUUACAGAAAAAGAGGAGGAUGCAGAAGUAGAGGAGGAUGCACAGACAGAGAAGAAUGGUGCAGAGAACGAGGCAGAGGCAGAGAAUAAGGCUACCGAGAAAGCCGAACAAGAAGCUCACAUCGAGAAGCUUAAGGAGAAUAUCUCGAGAUUGAGCAGGGAAGUGUGGAUUCUCAACAGAUUUCGACUUUUUGUCGGCAAGCGAGCACUCUGGUGA